GGUGCAAAUAUAUUGAAAAAUCUUCGAAAAAAAUUUGAGCAUCUUGUGUUGAUGUAUGAGGAUCCUUCUAUUCAGCAGAAAGCACUAGCUUCAAUUCCCCUCCAGCAGCUGAAAAGGAAGGCUCAGGAAAAGCUAGUACAAGCUACAAGACUGGACAAAGGUUCAUAUGUGAAUGAAGAGGACUUCUUAUUGUUGGAGCUCUUGGACUGGUUUAAGAAUGACUUUUUUCAUUGGGUAAAUAAUCUUCCUUGCAGCAGGUGUGGUGGGCAGACAGAGCCUAAAAGUGACUACCUGUUGCCUACUGAUGAUGAUCAAAAGUGGGGUGCCAGUCGAGUGGAAAAUCAUUACUGCAACCGUUGUCAGCUCUGUAAUAGAUUUCCAAGGUAUAACAACCCUGAAAAACUUCUGGAAACCAGACGUGGGCGCUGUGGCGAGUGGGCUAACUGUUUCACACUGUGUUGCAGAGCUGUAGGGUUUGAAGCCAGAUACGUCUGGGACUGUACAGAUCAUUUGUGGACUGAAGUAUAUUCUUCGUCUCAGGAAAGAUGGCUUCACUGUGAUCCCUGUGAAAAUGUCUGUGAUAAACCUCUUCUCUAUGAAACUGGGUGGGGAAAGAAGCUCUCCUACAUACUGGCAUUCUCCAAAGAUGAGGUUGUGGAUGUCACCUGGAGGUACAGCUGUAAACAUGAAGAAGUGCUGGCUAGAAGGACAGCGCUCAGUGAAGCCACGCUGCGGGAGACGAUUAACGCGCUGAACAGGGCGAGACAACAGUCUUUGUCAGAAAAUACAAGACAAGAGCUUUUGAAAAGAACCAUUGUGGAGCUUGUUGAGUUUAUUUCUCCUAAAACACCUAAGCCUGGAGAAUAUGGUGGAAGGACAUCAGGUUCAAUGGCUUGGCGACUAGCCAGAGGUGAAAUUGGUCCAGAGAAUAGAAAAGAAAUAAUUUUUAUUCCCACUGGAAAAGAGAAGACAUCUAAACUGUUCCACCUCAUCUACAAUAUAGUAGAAGAUAGUUACGCACGGAUUUCCAAUAAUAAUGAAAAAAUAAGUGGCUGGGAGGCAGGUGUUUGGAAGGCAGAAUCUAUUUGGAGGAAGGUUGAAACAGAUUGGAAAAUGGUUUAUUUAGCCCGAAAAGAAGGGUCAUCCUCUGCUUCCAUCAGUUGGAAGUUUGAGUGCAAAUCAGUCGGUCUAAAAAUAGAUAAGAUUUCAGUUAGGACAAGCAGCCAGACAUUUCAGAGUGGAAAAAUAAAGUGGAGACUUUACUCUCCAACAGCAGAAGUUGCUCUGACAGGAGGUAAAAGUCUUUGCUCCUAUUCAGACUUUACUGGUGCAACAGAAGUUGCGCUGGAAGCAGUUCUAAGUGGAGGGGAUGGUGAAGCUGCGUGGCAGCACACGCAGCUCUUUAGAGAGAGCUUGACAGGAUGUGGAGAAAGUUGCUUGGAGAUAAUUAUAGAGCUCGGUGACCUCUGA